ACCAGUGCGCCUGUCGGUCUGGGAAUGAGCGACACUUCCACACGCUCCGCUCCGCCGCGCUCCGCUCCGCCGCGCUGCCGCUGCUGCCGCCGCCGCGUCCGCUGCUGCUGCUGCCGCUACUGUUUCGUCUUAUUCUCGCUUCAUUGGAAAGGCAAACGCCGGGAGGCUGCUUUCAGAGCCCGACCCGGGAUGGGCUCUCUGGCGGCCCUGAGGACCGUCCUGGUCCUGGGCCUGGUGACCGGACUGGCGGGAGGCGCCCCCAGCCUGAACGUCACGGCGGACCGCCUGGAGGCCCUGUACUCCCGGUCCCUGGCGCGGAUCCCGGGGGAGAAGCGGGAGGAGGUGAGCCGGGACGGAGACUACCUCCUGGGCAUCAAGAGGCUGAGACGCCUCUACUGCAACGUGGGAAUCGGCUUUCACAUUCAGGUGUUACCGGACGGGAAAAUAACGGGAGUACACAACGAAAACCGACACAGUCUUUUGCAGAUCUCUCCGGUGGAGAGAGGAGUGGUGACUCUGCUGGGCGUUCGCAGCAGACUCUUUCUGGCCAUGAACCGGCGAGGAAAGCUCUACGGAUCUUUACACUACAACAACGAGUGUAAGUUCAGAGAGAAGCUCCUCGCCAACAACUACAACGCCUACGAGUCGGCGGUCUACCCGAGGAUGUUCAUCGGCCCUGAGUAAGAACGGCAAAACAAAAAAGAGGAAACCGAGUGUCACCCGCCAUGACCGGUGACACAUUUCUUGCCAAGAAUCUAGUGGCCUCAUAAAUAGACUUCACCUCAAUAUGGAGA